AUUGUAUCAGCAGCAUCAGGUGAAUGCGACACUGACCCAGUAAUGUUCAAACAAAUGAAGCCGUUUAGUCUGAUAAUAUUUUUAAAACACCAUAAAGGAAACGAGUCUGAACUUUAUCCUGGUUGGUUCUGAGCUAAAGGCAGCUUUCUACAGGUGGGAGGAGUCAUGCAGCGCAGCAUCGCCUAGACAGGGUCCAAUACAAACGAAGAGCAUCAUCAGCAUCUGGUUUCCAACAUGCUAACGAUGCUAACACAGCUGAGUUGUGUUAGUAGCAGUACUUUUGUCCAACCAGCAGAGGGAGCUCCCAGACAAACACUUGAUUUAGCUGCUGGAGGCUUCUGGACCAGAAAGGUGUCAGGCUGAAGCUGAAGGCCGGAGCGUCUACUGCUGUUUUCUACUGAUGCCAAUGUUGGUUGUUGGGCCCAGAAACAUCUUCUCCUUCACUUUGCAAAUGGUUUGAUUGAUAUUGGCCUCAGUGGAGUGAAACUGGUUCAGUGGAACAGCAGAAAGAGUUCACACCUUGGCUGAUGUCACCAUAUCUGAGUCAGGGGGCGGGGCCAGCUGGCAGAGGGCGGGGUUAUCGAACAGGGGUGGUUCAUCAGCUGAGUGGGUCAGCAACACAGGGAUCAGAUGUGUGAGAGGGACAGAGUGUCAGAGAGCGCCGCUGUCUCCCGGCCAUGGCCUGUCUGAUGGCCGCCUGGUCCGUGCACAACCCCACCGUCACCAACUCCAUCAUCAUGAACUCUAACGGACCCCCAGACCUGAUGUUGGACCCCCGCACCGUGUGCCUUUGUAUGGAUGAGGUGGUGAAGAAGCGGCCGUCGGGCAGCAGGCCGGCGCCGCUGCUGCAGCCCCUGAAGAAGGUGGAGAACAGCCUGACGGAGGCCCAGAGGUUCUCCUCUUUGCCGUGGAGGCCAGCGGUCAACAUCCAGUUCAAAGACGUGUCCUACUCCGUCAGGGACGGACCCUGGUGGAGGAAGAAAGGUUACAAAACUCUGCUCAAAGGGAUCUCUGGGAAGUUCACCAGCGGGGACCUGGUGGCCAUCAUGGGGCCCUCCGGAGCCGGGAAGUCCACCCUCAUGAAUAUCCUGGCCGGGUACAGGGAGACGGGCAUGAAGGGGGAGAUCCUGAUCAACGGGCAGCCCAGAGACCUGCGCUCCUUCAGGAAGGUCUCCUGUUACAUCAUGCAGGACGACAUGCUGCUGCCGCACCUCACGGUGCAGGAGGCCAUGAUGGUUUCAGCCAACCUGAAGCUGCAGGAGAAGGUGGAGGCUCGUGGGGAGAUGGUCCAGGAGAUUCUGACGGCUCUGGGUUUACUGGACUGUGCACAAACCAGAACGUCUCACUUGUCCGGAGGUCAGAGGAAGAGACUGGCCAUCGCCCUGGAGCUGGUCAAUAAUCCUCCCGUCAUGUUCUUCGACGAACCCACCAGUGGUUUGGACAGUUCGUCUUGUUUCCAGGUGGUGUCUCUGCUGAAGGCGCUGGCUCAGGGCGGACGCACCGUCAUCUGCACCAUCCACCAGCCCAGCGCCAAGCUGUUCGAGCUCUUCGACCAGCUCUACGUGCUGAGUCAGGGUCAGUGCAUCUACAGAGGGAAGGUGUCCGGCCUGGUUCCCUACCUCAGAGACCUCGGGCUCAACUGUCCCACGUACCACAACCCUGCUGACUUCGUGAUGGAGGUGGCCUCCGGGGAGUACGGGGACCAGAUGACCUGGCUCGUGAAGGCCGUUCAGGACACGUCCUGUGAGAAGGAUCAUCCGACGGAGCUGAACGGAGACGCCAACCACCUCCCGUUCCUGUGGCAGCGCGCAGAGGAGGUAAAAACAAACGCACCCCGACACACCGCAUCUGGCACAGUUUGCAUCUUGUCUUUGCCCGUUACUCAGGAAAGCUCCUCGUCCGAAGGCUGCCACAGUUUCUCUGCCAGCUGCAUGACCCAGUUCUCCAUCCUGUUCAGGAGAACCUUCCUCAGCAUCCUCAGAGACUCGGUUCUGACUCACCUGAGGAUCUCGUCUCACAUCGGGAUCGGGGUUCUGAUCGGCCUCUUGUACCUGGGCAUCGGGAACGAGGCCAAGAAGGUUCUGAGUAACUCCGGGUUCCUCUUCUUCUCCAUGCUGUUCCUGAUGUUUGCUGCUCUGAUGCCCACCGUGCUCACGUUUCCUCUGGAGAUGGGAGUGUUUCUGCGGGAGCACCUGAACUACUGGUACAGCCUGAAGGCCUACUACCUGGCCAAAACCAUGGCCGACGUCCCCUUCCAGGUCAUUUUUCCAGUGGUUUACUGCAGCAUCGUGUACUGGAUGACGGCUCAGCCUCCGGACGCCGGACGCUUCUUCCUCUUCCUGUCUCUGGGGAUCUUGACCUCUCUGGUGGCUCAGAGUCUGGGUCUGCUGAUCGGCGCCGCCUCCAACUCGCUGCAGGUGGCCACGUUCGUGGGUCCGGUCACCGCCAUCCCGGUGCUGCUGUUUUCUGGGUUCUUUGUCAGCUUUGACACCAUACCCUGGUACCUUCAGUGGAUGUCCUACAUCUCCUAUGUCAGAUACGGCUUUGAAGGCGUCAUCCUGUCCAUCUACAGUCUGGACCGAGAAGAUCUUCACUGUGACGACCAGCAGACGUGUCACUUCCAGAAGUCGGAGGCCAUUCUGAAGGAGCUGGACAUGCUGGACGCCAAACUCUACCUGGACUUCAUCAUCCUCGCCAUCUUCUUCCUCUCUCUGAGACUCAUUGCUUACUUUGUGCUGCGAUACAAGAUCAGCGCCGAGCGGUAGACGGGGCUUCAGAGCUGAGCAUGUGGGCCUUUAGCGUGUAGCCUGGUAGUGCGUCUGCAUGAACCGAGACUCUGGAUUCAGACGUCCCAUAGAAGCGCUGUCCCGGUGAGGCCGGCUCUGACCCGCGGGCCCUUCACAUUUAGGGGUUCUACACCGUCGCCGUCUGCAGACCGUCCACACCUGCUGAACCUUCAAAUGUAGGUUCUCAGCGCAGCAUGUUUAUGCUCAGCACAUUUUCAUGCUAAUGACACAAACACACCUGGCUGUGAUCCGUGCCCUGCAGACAAUCAGCACCCUGGAUGGAACAGAACCACACCCAACCUUGAAACUCCCUUAAGUCCAGCAUUCGAAACAUUUCCCAUUCAGACUCAGGGAAACCUAAUCCUCCAAAUUAAGGAUCAAAGCCACCCUCCAGCUGUUCAUCACUGGACUCAGUGAGUUGGAUGAGAAGCCGUGUGGUCUCCACUAGAAGGCACCAAAUCACCUUCAAGCUUAACCUCAAGGUCAGGAUGUGGACGCGUCACGGCCUGAAGAUGUAGCGUCGCUUUGGUCCAAGGUCUCGUGUGAAACCCAGGUGACGACCUGCAGGAACAGAAGCUGGACUCCUGAUUCCUGACGGUUCCACUGUGCCACUCCCUGAAGCACGUGAUCAGCACAGAACCGCGCGGGCGUUUCCUUUAAUCUGCUCCUUUUGAAGUGUCUGCAGAUUGAAACCAACCCUGUACUUCAGAUGAAUUCUCAUUUCUGGAAUAAACAUUAUAUUUACUCUCUUGUCUGUAAAAGGUUUUAAACAACUCUGCUUCACAGAGGGUUUGCUCACAAUAAGAACUGACAGAAGCAUCUGAAACAUUAGUUUUAAUGUUCAUUCAAGUAGAAUGAAAAUGGGAGGUAUGAGCUACUAAAAGAUGAAAGCAUUAACUGCAGCCUCCAGUUCAGCGGUGGAAAAUGGAUGGAUGGUGUGUUUUGUGUAAGUUGAGGCUCAGCUGUAUAAUAGGUUAGCUUAGCUUAGCUUAAGUGGAAACUGUUAGCUGUGUUUAAUGUUCAACCUUCUGGUCCAGUUAGUGUCACAGCACAGAAGAGGACACAGAUAAGAAAAGGUCCGGUCCACUGGGCCGUGGCUGCUUCUGUACAGAACUGGAGCUUUUCCUGGAGAAGGAUUCCAGGUUUAGGUUCUGGCUGUAAAUAUCAGGAAACCUCCAGCUGCAGUUGAUUGACCUCAGUAUCAUCACCCAAAGGGGUUCAAGCUUCAGGUGAGGUUUUCUCAUCAUUUCGCAUCAAGAACAAAUUCACUUGGGGUUGAGGGAGGUUGGAUGUUUGCAGCAAGUUAAUGAAGUCCCUCAGGUCAAAGGUCAUUUCAGCAUGUCAACAUGUUAGUCCCUCAUGUAUCUUUGCAUUAACCACAGUUUACACUUAUUCCCUCUGAAGCACAUUACAGCAUGAGCCAUUAACCAGUGAGACCAAUCAGCCAGAACAAACCUCAGUGGUUCCACUGGUCCACAGAGGCGUGAGGGCUGUAACAUUAUCCACAACAGUAAUAUGUGACUGCGUCCAUCUUUACGUAAGAUAAGAUGGACCUUUCUUCGUCCCACAAUGGGGGGAUUUCCUUGUUGCAGCAGCGGUACAAACAAGAGCAAUGUAAUAAUGUGUGCCUUUAAAAUAAAACCCACUGUUAUGUUCAAACAUGCUGUAGUUGCUAAUAAACCCACUCAUUUGGUCUUUU